AUGUACACAGCUUCAUUUGCCUUCUUCGAGGCGCUAUGGGAGGCGGGGGUAAAAUACUGCUUUGUGAAUUUAGGAUCUGAUCACCCGUCUAUUAUGGAAGCCAUUGUCAAAGGCCAGAACGAGAAAGAAGGCCAAUUCCCAAAGAUCAUAACGUGUCCCAAUGAAAUGGUAGCGCUAUCAAUGGCAGAUGGCUACGCUCGCCUCACCGGGAAACCCCAAUGUGUACUCGUCCACGUCGACGUAGGAACCCAAGGUCUAGGAGCAGCAGUCCACAACGCCUCAUGCGGCCGAGCUCCAGUAUUGAUUUUCGCCGGUCUCUCGCCAUUCACAAUUGAAGGCGAGAUGCGUGGUUCUCGCACUCAAUACAUCCAUUGGAUCCAGGAUGUACCAGACCAGAAACUCAUUGUGGGACAGUAUUGCAGAUAUACUGCUGAUAUCAAGACAGGCAAAAAUAUCAAGCAGAUAGUUAAUAGAGCGUUGCAGUUUGCAUGUAGUGCCCCGGCGGGUCCGGUGUACUUGACUGGCGCGAGAGAAGUUAUGGAGGAAGAUCUAACGCCGUAUAAGCUUGAUCGUGCGUUUUGGAAUCCGGUUGAGCCAGCAGCAUUGUCAGAGAAUGCGGUCAAGACUAUUUCAGAAGUUCUUGUCGAGGCGAAGGAACCAUUGGUCGUUGUUGGUUACACAGGUCGAAACCAUGCCGCUGUUGGAGCUUUGGUCAAACUUGCGGACUCUGUGAAGGGCUUGAGGGUUCUGGACACAGGUGGUAGUGACAUGUGCUUCCCUGCAGAUCAUCGGGCAUGGUUGGGUUUGAGAUAUGGCAAUGAUGAAUCCAUCAGGACUGCGGAUGUAAUUCUUGUGAUCGAUUGCGAUGUACCCUGGAUUAACACACAAUGCCAUCCAAAAGAAGGUGCGAAGAUCUACCAUAUCGAUGUCGAUCCCCUCAAGAAUCAAAUGCCCGUGUUCUAUCUUGAUGCUCUCAAAAGAUACCGAGCCGACAGUUUCACGUCCAUAACUCAACUCACCAACUACAUCACCUCAUCCCUCUCAGAUAAAAUCAACUCAGAAGUCUACACUCAGCGUUGGGAUGCUCUCGCAGAGGCGCACAACAAGAAACUUGGCGAUAUCGAAAAAGCGACCCAGCCAAAACCAGACGGAACCUUUGGAACAGGACAUCUCUGUCGAGUAGUCCGCAAACUCGUCCCCCAAGACAGUAUCUUCGCUAUCGAAGCAGUAACCAAUACACUGUUUGUCGCUGACAACAUCCAGGCUACUCUUCCAGGAUCGUGGAUUAAUUGCGGUGGUGGUGGACUUGGUUGGUCUGGUGGUGGAGCUUUGGGUAUCAAAUUGGCGUCUGGAUUUGAAAAUGGUGCUGGGAAGGGGAAGUUCGUUGUGUGCAUUGUUGGCGAUGGGACGUUCUUAUUCUCUGUCCCUGGUUCUGUAUACUGGAUUUCACAUCGUUACAAGAUCCCUAUCUUGACGAUUGUUCUCAAUAAUAAAGGAUGGAACGCACCCAAACGAUCCAUGCUACUCGUCCAUCCCGAUGGUCUCGGCUCUAAAGCCACCAAUGCAGAGCUCAACAUUGACUUCAGUCCUUCGCCAGACUAUGCAGGUAUCGCGAAGGCUGCCACAGGCGGCAAUUUGUUUGCAGAAAAGGUAGAGAACGUGUCUAAUCUGGAGGAUGUUUUGACGAGGGCUGUGGAGUCGGUCAAGAAUGGGACGAGUGCUGUGAUUGAUGCGAAGGUUGUGUCUGGCUGUUAG